CUGUAGUGCCUAGAUUACUUACAGCUACUUCAGUGCAACUGAUAUAAGAUGCGUUCAGAAAGAAGACUGUAGCAGAAGGUACUGAGAGAGUGUAGCUGGCUGUUUGUUCUUUUUCCAUCUGGAGGACUAAUUGACUAAUUUGCCUGCAAGCAUCCCUGCCAACUUAAUUCCUGACACUGAAGAUGUCUGGAAACCAAAGCAACACAAGUGAAGACCAUUGUCCCACCAUUGUUGGCAGCAAUAACUUGAUCUUCACUAUUGCUCCAGCUUAUGUCGCCAGCGUGCUUGGAUUCAUCUUUAAUGUGUUUGUGCUGAUGGUUUUCUGCCUCCACAAGAAGGCCUGCACUGUGACUGAGAUCUACUUGAGCAACCUGACUGGAACUUACCUUCUUCUGGUGUGCGGUUUGCCCUUCUGGACUGAUAAUGAAAAAGCCAACUAUGACUGGCCUUUCAGUGAAAGCCUGUGCAAGCUGGUACCAGUUGUUAUGAGAAUGAAUGAAUUUUGCAAUAUCUACUUUCUUGUUCUGGCUAGCUUAGAUUGUUAUGUGGCACUGGUGCACCCACUUUUCCAUGAGUUGAUGAGUAGGCCAUUUAAUGCCAAACUGGGAUGUCUCUUUGUGUGGAGUUUUGGUUUGGUCUUUGCUUUCCCCAAUUUCAUCUACAAUAAGUUAAUAUUCAACCCUCAGUCAAAUCUUACUCACUGUUUACUUGACUUUACUUCACCAGAUCGAUAUCUGCUGUAUGACGUGAGAGUCAUAAUAUUCAACUUUAUCAUCCCUGUUAUCAUUAUUUCGUUCUGCGCUGUCAGAAUUAUUCAAACUCUGAGAAAGCGGCGAAUGGAGGGUUUAAACCCACAGAGAACAGAGCAGAAGACCACGACUCUCAUCCUGGCAGUUCUGCUGGCAUUCCUGAUCUGCUGGGUGCCAUUCCACGUGGCAAAGUUACUACAAGUUCUCCAAUAUACUCACAUUCUAAAAUGUCACAUCAUAGUGGUAAUAAUCCACGAGUUCUCUGUUUACUUAACCUUCUUCAGCUGUGUCCUUAACCCCAUUCUCUACAUCAUUAUUGGGAAAAGCUUCCGGAACAGGACAAAGGAAUUCUUCAAGCAGUGAAAAAAGCCUUAAAGGUUGAAUAAUUAAACUGGCAAUUAUUUAUCCAAGCAUCAGGAGACUUUGCUUUCAGAUAUAUAUUCUUACAUUGGCAGAGAGAAGACUCUAUAGCAGCUUCCAUAACUUAGAAAACAUAUUUUGCUAGAAGGGUUUUAAACUAAGUUGUCUGUUUGGGUUUGUUUGUUUUGUUUUUCAUUAUUAUAUGAUUGUGUUUCUGCCACUGAUGCAUAUCAUCCAAAUAGGAUUAUUGGGGUGUUUGGCAGUUCUGCAGCUACUGUAUUAUUACUUACUGUCAAUGAAUAAAA